ACCGCCGGUUGAUUCGUUGAGCCUAAUGGUUUCUUCCUGUUAAAGGGCUAACCAUUUAGACUUUAGAGGGUUGGGGGGUUUUUACCAAACCAUAAAAUCAAUACAUCAAAAAAAUGUGUUGGAAAGUGACAUCUGUGGAUUCUGAUAAAAUCGGAGCCAUGGCUGUAUAAAACUCGAGGGAGUGGUUUGAAGUGCUCAGUUCUAACUAAAUUGUUCGCGGGGUGAAGCUAGGUGACCAAAUUUUGCAAUGCACCAGUUGACAGUUUUAGGGCUAGUGUUAGUGGCAGUGACAUGCUCUGCCCUACCAAGUUCCAGCGAUGGCCACAAAAGGAUCGUGGUGGAGAAUUUCUUCACAACCCGGGUCAACAACUUGAAUCCUCAGCGGAACGAACGCUGGACGAUGCGUUACUUUUCAGUGACUGAAUUUUACGAGGCUGGUGGUCCAAUUUUAAUCUGGCUUGGAGGUAACGCGCCAAUCCAAGAAUACAUGAUUGACGAGUCCUCGUUGCUGUACGACUUGGCGCGACAGAUGAACGGGGCCAUCUUUGCGUUCGAAUCGCGGUUCUACGGCCAGAACAGGGCUACCGAAGACGUGACCGUUGAGAGCUUGUACUUGCUGAGCACCUACCAGAUCAUGGGUGAUCUUGCGGAGUUCGUAACUUAUCUGAGGCGCAAUGUCGUUCACGAUGAAGAUGCUCCCGUACUGGUUUCUGGUGCCGGAUAUGGUGGAGCACUGGCCACGUGGUUCCGCGUCCACUAUCCUCACUUGGCAGAUGCCGCGUGGUCAUCCGGUGGUACCCACAAAGCCGUUAUGAGCUUCAGUGAGUAUGCCGAAGCUUGGGGUCAAACGUUGAUCAACUAUGGUGGCCAGGCGUGCUACAACGAGAUCUUCGUUGCGUUCCACGUAAUGCAGUAUCUGAUCGACAUGGGCUUGGAGGAGAUUCUGUUUGAGAAGUUCAACCUGUGUACGGAAAUUAACCUACAGGAUAACCUAGAGGUUCAACAUUUCUUCAGAAUGAUGAUGAAAGCCGUGCAAGAGUUUACGCUGGAAAAUGACAACUUGACAGAUUUCACCAACUUCUGCGAUGCCCUCAUGACCCCCAACAUGCCAACAGCCCUCGACUCCUUCGCCAAGUGGUUCAAUACCGUGUACGCCAAAGACGAAAUCUGCACAACCGUUGAUCUCCAAUCGACCAUCCAAAACCUUAAGCAAUCCGACUGGACAUCACCCUCGGUGCAGUCGGGACAACGCCAAUGGCUUUACCAAAAGUGCGCCGAGUUCGGGUGGUUCCCAACCACGGAUUCCCCUUAUCAACCGUUUGGAAGUCGCGUCCAAACCGAACUGUACACCGAAAUGUGCCGUGAAGUGUUUGGCGAUUUCUUCCAACCGGACUCCAUUACGAGGGCCGUUCAACGAUUCAACCAUCGCUUUGGCGAACUUACUCCGGACGUUCGGCGGGCCCACUUCACCAGUGGAGCGGAAGAUCCCUGGAGAUUGGUUGGAAUCAGAGAAACGCUUAGUACGCGAGCCACUGCAGAUGUCAUCUCAGGCGAGCUGAGCGGGGCCGAGACGAGGGCCAUCUCGGAGGAUGAUUCCCAGGUGCUGCAGGCCGCCAAGAGGAGGAUACUGUUUUUGUUGGAAGAUUAUCUGGUUUCGCCGGGCGGUCCAGGAGGACCGGGAGGUCCUGGAGGUCCAGGAGGCCCGGGAAGUGGACCAUAAGAAUCUUUUCAAGAAAUUAAAUAGAAUAAUGUGAGUUGUGAAU